GUGUGUGUGUGUGUGUGUGGUUGUUGUGGCGGUUGUUUGUUCUGCUGGCUGUGGUCGACUUGUGGCGGCAGGCCUUCCCAUGCCCGUGUGCUGCCAAUGCGGCGAGACCAAGACCCGGUCACAGUUCUCGCGCAGCCAGCUGCGGAAGGCCGAGGGCCGUCGAUGCCUGUUGUGUGUUGAGGAGUCGUCGACCAAGCCGCGGAAGACGACAUCGCUGCCCAAGGCCAUCCGCAUGGCUCCUGGCGACGAGGUGGCCGACGGGAGCGGGGCGGAAGCCGCCGCGAGCACCGGGCUUGGCUCGGGCUCGGCCGAGGCUGCAACUGCGGCGCGGCCGCGGAAGGGGCGGAAGCGGCGCAGACGGCGUGGGCGGCGCGGCGGGCGGCGGAAUCGCAACCGGAGGCGCAAGGAGGCGAUUCUUGCAGCGGCGCAGGCCGAGCUUGCCACGCCGCUCUCGAACCAGACGGAGCCGCUGGUCGAGUCGUCGCUGGCGCGGGCGACACAGCUUGGCGACGUGACGCUUGUCAAGAUGCUGGAAGCUGUGCUCUCGUCGCUGCGGUCGGUGCAGGAUUCGGUGCCGGACAUUGGCGCGCCGCCGGUGCUGGACACGACCGAGCCGAUUGCGGUGGCUAUCGACGUGGGCGAGGAGGUGGCGGUGGAGCUGUCGACUGGCGGACGUGAGUCUGGCUCGGGGCACACCUCGGACGAGGUCCACACGGUGCUGGAGCUGCUGCAGACCCCGACCCGCGGCUCGAUUGCACGACCGGGCAAGUUCAACACUACGCUCCCAGAUUCUGACUCGUUUGCCUCGGAAGAGUACGAUGAGGACGACGGCGACGUUGCGGGAGAGCUUAGCCUCGGCGGAAGCACGACCGGGCCGGCGGCGGAAAGUAAGUCGCCGGUGUCGAGUGCAGCGGCGCUGCCGUCGGAAGACGUUGACCUGUUUGACCGGCUCGAGUCGGGCGUGCCAGACUCGGCACAGCUCUUCUCGCCGGCCGGCUCGGACUCUGGCGACGACCUGAGUGCGUCGAGCACUGGGUGCGACGAGCACUCGUUCGACGGCGAGCACGGGAGCGACGAUGAGGGCGACGCCGACUCGGAGUUUGACGCUGGAAGCGAGGACGAGUACGAUGCAGGAUCAGAGGCGUCGUGGGAAGACACGUUUCCGUUUGAGGAGAACAUCUUUGCGCUCAACCACCGGUUUGUGUUUGUGGAGAACAUUGCGACCACCAAGGACAUUGUGGUGUACCGGGCGCUGGACCGCGAGACAAAGAAGCUUGUGGCGAUCAAGAUUGUGGACGGGCUUGAGGGCGAGAAGGAGCCCAAGGAGGUGCGGAUCUCGGCAAUUGUGUCUGGCCAUCCGUGCGUGGCGCACAUGAUCGAGUGGUAUCCGAUUCCGUCGACGCAGUGCUACGCGAUUGUGUCCGACUGGGUUGAGGGCGUGGAACGCGAGGAGAUCAAGCCGCGGCACGCGUGCCUGUACAUUCGCGACACGCUGGCGGCGCUGGUGCACGUGCAGGACAAGGGCAUUCUCUACCGCGAUGUCAAGCCUUCGAACAUGCUACUGCGGCGAGAUGGCAAGGGUGCCAUCAUGAUUGACUUUGACUGCGCCACCUUUUAUGACGGCGGGCGCAACCACCUGUCGCAGUUGGGAACCGAGGGCUACAUGGCGCCGGAGAUGAUGGCGAUUGCCGAGUUGCGCAACGAAGGCGUGCCCGACGAAGACAUUGAUGGCUACGGGCUUGAGGUCGACGCGUACUCGGUGGGCAUUCUCCUCGGUGAGGUGCUCUUCCGCAAGGAGGACGAGGGCGAGACGUCCAAGGAGGACUUUCUGCGGUACAUCUCGCUGCUGCCGCACUCGCAGCAGCAGUUGCCGCAGUACGACUUGCUCCUCAAGCUGCUGGAAAACGAUCCGGACAAGCGAAUUGACCCGCGCGAGGCGCUCCAGCACCCGUUCUUUAAGGAUCUGCCGCCGAUCGGCUUUGGCUCGCUUGAGUUCUUCGACUCGAGCGAGGGCGAGGAGUCGGAUGACGACUCGGCUGGCGACGACGAUUCGCACGACGGCGUCAGCGGCAGCGGGAGUGGUGGCGACGGUGACGAGUGAGCUCUUCACGUGUGGGUGGUGGACGGCAAGUGACGUGCUGUCAUCGGUGGCGGGCGGGGCCGCUGCCGCCAUGGGCCGAGUGCAGCUGC